AUGACGAAAGAUAGAAUCAAAAUCAGGAAUUCCAUGAAACACGCCCAUGGCGCUGCUGCAGUGGAAGAUGCCGUUGGGAUCACUGAGCUGCGCACAAUACACCGUUGCGGCACCGGAGCGGAGGAGGAACGAGGCCUGCGAUUGACAGGAUUGAUGAAAUGGUCCUUUGAUGAUUUCAUCGUUCAGGAGGUAUGGCCCGAUGGUUUCCUCAGUCAGGUGGAAGAAAAAGGGGUAAGAAAGAAAACAGCAACCGCUUUUGUUUUUCGUGUAAUUUCUGAGGGGAUUCCAGACACGGCGAUCGCCGCCUUCAUUGAGGGGCGGUGCCCCCACAGGGCGUCGCUUCAGUUUCUCACACCAUUGGAUUUUACCUCUUCUCAAGAGCGCUUUGUUUUGUUGCACUCACCUUCUCGAGAAGCCAGGCAUGUCUUUCGGCAUGAGCAGAAGGUACACCUCGCAGAGGGAGUUGUAUGUUUUGGAAAAGCCAUGGAGAUUCCUGUAGAAGAGAACGCGGCGCCGUCUUUGCCUAUUCACCUUCUGCCAGACCUGCGGUAUUCCAUUGUGUUGAGAGGUAUGCGUGGGUCCCUGGCGGAUGUUCUCCCGCGUCUCGAGGGAUUAAAAAAAAAUGGUUUUCUGAACUAUUCGCAUUUGGCACGGCAUGGUGUUGGUCUUUUUCGCGCCUUUGAGAGUGGACGUCAUCUCCUUCAGCGAGAUUACGUGGAGUUUCUCCGAGGACAUGUGCUUGGAUUGACGGAGCGCUCCCCCACGCUUCGCAAAGAAAUCCCCUCCCUGCUGGAGAUACUUGCGGACCCAAAGUCCACGCGCAGGGACUGGGCGAGCGUCAAACAAGGCCUGGAACACGCAUUAAAGGAGGAUGACGCAUUGAUCCAUCGAGCACAAACCGGAUUGUAUUAUCCGCAUCACAUGCUUUUGCGUGAUUUCCUCGAGAGGGCAUCUACCAUUGCUCCUAAAAGCCACAACUCCGCUCAGUUGAUUCGCGAGUGCAUUCCUCGUCUGCUUUUGCAGGAAAAAUUAAGAAGCGUGGCGGAUGCUCACUUUAAUGCAUUGGCAUCCUUGCGUUGGAAAAUGCAUGGGAAUCAGGUGGCUUUAGGAGAUCUUGUGAUUUUGGAUGAAGAGAAGGGCCCUUUAGAUUUAUUUGAAGCACCGGCAGAUCAUAUGAAUGGAGAAAUGACAUCUGUGCAUCACCCGGAAUGGCUCUCCAUCGCCGGAGAGAAGCACAUGAAUCAUUUGCGUGGUAAGAUCCACGUCGUGCAAACCCCAGAAGAGGGUCGACGGUUUAGCUUGGAACAAGUGGUUCUUCCUGUUCUGGGAAACGGAGCGGAGCGGUUGGUUUCCCCGGAUGGCAAAAUGAGGGAGGCGUCAGAGCGUUUGGCGCAGGAGCUUCAAAUCGAGGGUCUGAUGAAAAUGAAGGCAGCCCCGCCGGCGACGUACCGCCGUCUCGUGGUACGCCCAAGGGACUUCACGUAUUGCCUAUUCGAUGAUGAAAGGGGGUGGUGUUGGGAAAGCAACAAUGAUGCGCCCAUCCGACCGCAGCUUUGGGAAGAUCAAGAGGGUAUCAUGCGGCAGCUUUCCCCCCUUUCCGUGGCCACAGGUAAAAAUAUAAUUGCUCGAAAUGGCAUUCGUGGCGCGGAACAGCGAAGCCAUUUUCUAAAGGCCGCAAGACGUAGCGGUAUGACGUGCGUAUUGCGCAUGACCUUGCCGCGAGGAUCGGCGGUCACCUCCGCACUGCGAGAGGCGUUUCAGUUCGCCACACUUGAUCCGGGGGCCAUCUUUCACCUCCUACGGUGA